ACUACCAAAUCAGCAUUGUCCUGCACCGUGUAUAUAAACACUGCGAUCAAGUUGUGCGCCUGUCGCUUAUCUUUCCCACAGUCCAGCUGAACAGUUCCCUCGCACCCUUCUGUCCAACGGGACAGGACAGACAGCGCAUCUUGCAGAACGCACCACCUACAGAGAACCUACUACAGACUUGCUUUUGAGGAUGUCUCCCAAGAGUGACUGCCCUCAGAUUGAGAGGAGAAGCGAGACGGAGCUUUAUUACCAGAUUUCAGACAACGAGGUCUCCCCUCUCUCUCCCCCCUGCACACCAGGCUCCCCGAUCAGCCCUGCGGAAAGCGAAGAGUGCACCCCGGCAGAUGGCUACCCGCACCCCAGGGAGACUGACAGAAAGAAGCAAAGGGUCAAGCGAAUGAGAUCAAAAGUAAAGAGCGACGGCGUCGUCGUAAAACAGAGGAGAAAUCGCAGGGUGAAAGCCAAUGACAGAGAGAGAAAUCGCAUGCACAACCUAAACUCCGCUCUGGACGCGCUGAGAAGCAUCCUACCCACCUUCCCAGAUGAUGCCAAGCUCACCAAGAUAGAGACCCUAAGGUUUGCACACAAUUAUAUCUGGGCUCUGUCUGAAACUCUCCGUAUGGCUGAUCAGAGCCUCCUCAGCUCCGGCCAGCAGCACUUGUUGGACUCCUUAAAGAAAUUCCCCAAAAGUUGUCUGAUGAUGGAGCUCUCCAGCCCCUCCAGCUGCGCUUCCUCCAGUGAAUGGGACUCUCUGUACUCCCCGCUGUCUCAGGGCAGCAGCCUCAGCCCCACAGGAUCCAUGGACGAGCUGAUGCCCCAGUCCCACCCUUACCUGAGACACAGCACUUCCCUAGCAGUAGAGUUCUUGUAAAGCUGCCAUAUAGCUUCCUCUGCUUCUUCUCACUGGCCUGUGUGUUCAAAUCUCACGCCAAUCACCAGUGGCGUAACUAGAUAUUACUGGGCCCCACAGCAAAUUAUUUUUCAGGCCCCCAAAAUGUUUAGAGGUUGACUUGUUUCUCCAAUAUUUAUUGAAAUUGUAUAUGAAUUAGGGCCUCAUGGGGCCCCUAUACCUCCUGGGCCCCCCUGCAGCUGCAGGGUCUGCUUCCUCUAUAGUUACGCCCCUGCCAAUCACUGCAGCCCACACUGGGAAGAGGACCACGCAUCUACCUAACCCUUCUGCUUUCCCUUUAAAUUAUAAUCUCUCUCUCUCUCUCCCCAUAUUUGCCUUAACAAAACAUUCUCUACUCUGUGCACUUUGUAUACUAAUCAUCCUUUACCCCUCCUAAUCCCACAAGCUCUUAAAUACAACGUUUAUAUCCAAUUUUAUCCCAUUUCUUUUCUUGUAAUCUUGUAAUUUUCUAUUGAUUUUGUAUUGUGGCUGGUAUAUGGCCACACAGGCUCUGUCAAUAUAAUGCUGAAUUGAAGGGAAAUGAUUUCUCAGAAUCAAUGUACUUAAAUUAUAUUAAUUUGCUGUUCCGUGUAUUUAUUGUUUUUAAGUCAUAAAUAUAUAUUUUGUACAAAUAAGAAUAUUUUUUUUUCGCACCAGCAAGGAUGAAUGAACUAAAAUCUGCUGGCAAUAAAAGUUGCUUUUACAAAA